CGUGUACGCCCCGCUGCUGAGAGCGAGUGGCUUACAUGCGGUGCGGGCAGCCGUGUGUCUGCAUGUGGGAAGUACGCAGACCUCUGCCGCCAGCGUAUCGCAAGAGCAGCAACAACAACAACAACAACUACUAUUGAUACUACUGUUAAUGCUGGACAGCCAAAGGCGGUGAUGACUUCUGAUGGUAGUGGUAGUAGUAAUGGUGGUGGUGUUUUUUCAACAAUUCUGAAUGGUUAUCAUACAGGAGUGUGGGAUCUGGAUGUUAUUAAGAAUCCAUCAGUACCAUCAAUAUCUACUGAUCCAGAUUCAAAAGUAUCUGUACCGUCUGUGGUGAAGGUGCCAGAGACAUCACACAAAGGUAAGGACAUGGAAGAUAGAAUUUCUGGUCAGGACUCUGGUGAUGUUGAGAUUCCGGGAGAAACAGUGUUACGAGAUAUUUCAGAUGCUGUCCCACCUCCAUUGGACAAACCAGGUAUUUUUGAUGCCAGUACUUCUAAUGCUGCUAUCUCUCAAGGAGAGAGAAAUAAUUCUUCAGAAGGGAGUAAAUUAGAAGUUACAGCAGCUGCAGAAAUUGUAACCUUAGAGAGUAAGGCUGCAGAGACCAAGUCAUCAGCAAACGUUUCUACAGAUUCACACAACGCACAAGAAGACGGUUCUGAAGUACCGGUAACGGUUUCAUUACCUGCUGACAAAUCCUCAUCUGGCGAUGCUGUUUCUAAACAGAGUACCACGCAAGCUCAUUGGGAAAGUACCACUGAAGGUGGUGAUGGCAAUCGCACUAACCAACCUGUUACAGCUGCUGAUACGAAUACUACAGCAGAAUCACAAGAAACCAAUCCCACUAUUCCACCAAGUCCCGAGAACACUACCAGAGAAGCACCAAUCACCACUCCAUCUCCUGCAACUGUUAGUGUGACUGCCGCAGAAUCACAAGAAACAAAUACUACUACUCCGUCAAGCCCCGAGAUUACUGUCACUGGAGCACCAACCACAACAACUCCAUCUCCUGUUCCCGUAACCGAUACUCAAAUCAGCAAGAUCGCUUCCACUGAAAAGAACAACACCAAUGUUGACAGCAUUGUCAAUCCUGUGUGGAUGUGCACUGCAGCACCGUUGUUGAUUGUGGCUAUGUUGUUCUCCGCUACCCUGUACUGA